AUAUCACUUCUUUGGACUAUCAUCCACCCAAUAACCAAUCAUUUUGCUUAUAUGCAUACAAAAAUAUAAAGCAACAUGAAAGUUGGCCUAAUUAACAAACUGCACUUCUUUCUGCCUACUAAUUGUGCUAGUGUUAAUUAGUGUUACCUUUGAAUCAAUAGAAAGAAGAAAAAAAAAUGAUGAGUAGCAUCUUUGCAAAAUUAUUGUUCUCAACUUUGUGCAUGCUCUUUGUGCUCAAAGCAGAAUCUUUGGUAUUUGCAGACCAAAGACUUGCUAUAGUGUAUCCAGUGAUACAAAAAUUCAAGUCCUUGAUUACUUCAGAUCCAUUAGGUGUUACAAAAUCAUGGAUAGGUUCUGAUAUAUGCAACUACAAAGGAUUCUACUGUGAUCAUCCACCAGAUAACAACUCUGCUAUUGCUUUAGCUUCAAUUGAUUUCAAUGGUUUUCAACUAAGUGCUUCUACUCUUAAUGGUUUUAUUGAUAAACUUCCUGAUAUUGCUCUUUUUCAUGCAAAUUCCAACAAUUUCAUUGGCACAAUCACUUCUCAAAUUUCUAAACUUCCUUAUCUUUAUGAGCUUGAUUUAAGUAAUAACAAAUUUUCUGGUCCUUUUCCUAUGGCUGUUCUAGGCAUGAACACUUUAACAUUCUUGGAUAUAAGGUUCAAUUCUUUCUCUGGCGGGGUCCCACAACAGAUAUUCACACAAAACCUUGAAGUACUUUUUAUCAAUAACAAUCUCUUGACACAAAACUUGCCUGAUAAUUUAGCCACAAGUUCAAUUUUUCUACUCACUUUGGCUAACAAUAAAUUCAUCGGUUCAAUACCGAGAAAUCUUCCGAAAGCUUUGUCGAGUUUAACUGAGGUGGUUUUACUAAACAAUGAGUUAACAGGUUGUUUACCUCAUGAAAUUGGUUAUUUUCAAGAAGCUGUAGUUUUUGAUGUUGGAAAUAAUCAACUUACUGGUCCUUUACCAAUGUCUCUUAGUUGUCUUGAGAAAGUUGAGGUUGUUAAUUUGGCUGGUAACAUGUUUUAUGGAAUGGUGCCUGAUUUUGUGUGUGCAGGGUUGGAGAAUUUGGUGAAUUUUUCACUGUCAGAUAACUAUUUUACUCAUGUGGGACCUUUUUGUAGGAUGUUGAUUCAAAGAGGUGUUCUUGAUGUUGGGAAGAAUUGUAUUCAUGAUCUUCCUUUUCAGAGAUCAUUGAUUGAGUGUGCUGAUUUCUUUACACGGCCAAAGAUUUGUCCAUUUACUUGGUUUCAUGGUUUUUAUCCUUGUAAUUUUCCUUUUAAAAAAUCAUCAGUUUCUUCUAUUCCUUAGAUGUAAAAUUUUCCUUCACAUUACAUUUGUGUUGCAAUUCUUUAUCUUUUGUGUAAUGUAUAAUAAUUGUGUUGAACAUUUUCUAUUUGUUUCUACAUUUCUUCAUGUCAAUGUAUGCAAAUGAUAAUUACUUCAAAGUCAUUUAUCA